AUCGGGCGGCGGCGGCGGCGGCGGCGGCGGCCGAGAGGGCAGCGGCGGGAGCGGAGGAGCAGGACGCAGGAGCGAGAGGAGGCGAGCGAGGAGCGAGCGGAGCGCGCCCUUCCGCCCUCCUGAGGUGUCGGAGCCGCCUGGGCCCCGCAGUUGCAGUCGCCGCCGCCCGCCCGCCCGCCCGCCCGCCGGCCGGACAAAGCCGAGAGCCCGCGCUGGAGCCAUGUCCUCGUCCACCGGCAGCGGGCACCAGCCCAGUCAGAGCCGCGCCAUCCCCACCCGCACCGUGCCCAUCAGCGACGCCGCGCAGCUACCUCAUGACUACUGCACCACACCCGGGGGAACGCUGUUCUCCACCACGCCGGGAGGAACUCGAAUCAUUUAUGAUAGAAAAUUUCUGUUGGAUCGUCGCAAUUCUCCGAUGGCUCAGACCCCACCCUGCCAUCUGCCCAAUAUCCCGGGAGUUACUAGCCCUGGCACCUUAAUUGAAGACUCCAAAGUAGAAGUAAACAAUUUGAACAACUUGAACAAUCAUGACAGGAAGCAUGCAGUUGGGGAUGAUUCUCAGUUUGAGAUGGACAUCUGACCUCCUGCAAGAAUGGGAGAAAAGCAGCAACGCAGAUACUCGUGUGGACCUGAUGUGGCUGACAGGACCGACAGUGGGAAGACCAAGGCAGAACCAGCAAUCCCCAGUGCCAUCCCCACCUCCCCUCUUCCUCGGGUGCCAAAUGCUAGGAAGAUGAGCUGUAUCUGGCUGGUUUUUUUCCAGUUUCCUGUCCUCUGCCCAGCUGGACAGAUUAGCUUGAAGGCCCUAGGGGUGUUUCUAUAGAGCUAAGCUGUCUGUUGAGGAAAACAGUUAAACUGGCUUCUCUGGUCCUGUCUCUAUUGAGAAUCUCCCUGUCCCCCCUUAAAUUUAUCUCAAAUCUAAAUCACUACCAGCAGCUGCCUGCCUGGCAUGUCUGGGGAAGGGAUACAGAGGUUUGGCAGGUUCAUCAUUCAUAUUCUUGUCUCUCCACCUUGUAUACCACCCAUGGUUCAGUGCUGGGUUCAGGGUCUUUAAAAGCAGCAGGGGGAAAUGAUAAACAUGAAGAAAGCUGCUUUCCCUUUUACCUUGAGGUGUUUGUCCUUAGGGACAGAGCAGCAUAAUUUAUGCGACUGGUAGCUUUGCUCAGUGACACUGUUUGGAAAUCUGCAUCCGCUCUUUCCCUUGGGAGGAAUGUCUUCUGUCUUUGGUAUUGUAGUUUCUCAUCCCAUUCCUUUACUCUGUACAUUUGUGCAGAUAUUUUUAAACUGCAACAGGAGGGAGCCCUCAGUAACCAGCUGUUCUUUGUUCUUUUGCCUUCCUCUCUGCCUGCAGCUUGUUGCUGCAGAGUCCUCUCCUUCUGGGAGCUACCCAGGCGAUUUUGUCUGCUCCCAGAGUGGGUCCAUAUGAAGUAACAGCGGCACUUUGCCUUCCAUUUGCUGGGUAAGGCCUGGUCCUAGGUUCUGCCAGAUAAUACCUAAAAGGCUGUCGAGCAACUUGAGUACCCAGUCCCAGUCAAUUUUAAAAUCCAUUGAACAUUGUGAUAUUUGUUGUCUUGGCUUGCAGUUUCUUAUAUUUUGAAUUUAAAGUUAACUUUUAGAAAUGUUCUUAGAAAAGAACUAUUUUUUUUUUCCGUGUUUGGGUCUGCUUUGUUUGGCUACUGGGAUAGAUAAGCAUGGAUUUAAAAAUUGUGUUCCUCCCAGCUUUCUUGCCAUGCCCAUUGUACUCUGAAACCUCCCCUUCCUUUCUUCCCUCCCCCUCCCUUCUUUGCCUUCCCUUUCCUCUCCCAGGCCAUUUUUCAAAUCUACAGCAAAGAUACCUCAAGUGUUGGUAUCUGCUAUCUGUCACUUAUCUGAAGAGUGACAUUUUAUUUUUAAGAUGACUACAGACCUAUUUUUAGAUAUGUUUUCGAUACAGUUUUGAACAGCAACUUUUUAACUUAACAUCUUCCAGUGUUGGGAAGGUAAGAAAUUUCCAUGGUCGAGUCUGCCGUUUGAUGUCAUUGUUCUUUGUGUCCCUCCCCAAUUUCUUCUCAGCUCUUUCCUUCCCCGAAAGUUUUGAGUGUGCGUUUUUAGAGUUUGUAGUGGGUAGUUGGUAAAACUGGACCAUUCUGCCUUGCUGUGGGUUGUUCAGGGAAGCCUCAUUCUUAUCCUUUUGUUCUUCCGUUCCCCCUUCUCCCCACCCCACUCUCCUGGUACUGCUGACUGGCAGGGUGGCUUCAGGAGCAGCUCCCCUGUAGGAAGACAGACACUGUCCCCUGGGGGAAGACAAGUGGAGUAGCCACUGGUGUCCUGGGAAUUUCUGGUUGGAUUCUUACGAGAUUCCAGGGUGAGAGUAACAGGCCCAUUGGCUAAGAAAUAAGAAAGCAAGCUGUUUUUCUUUGGAAUUAUGAGAAGACCCUAUUUGCAAAGAUAAUUUAGAAAGAGAGAUGUUUGCAGAAAUUUGUUUGGUCUUUUGCUACAAAAUGUGAAUAGUUCAGAGUGAAAACCUCUUAUGACGGUUGAUGUCUCUCAAGAAUAAGCUGGAUCUCCAGUGUUUUGGGGGUGCUUUGAGUCUCACAAUCAGUAAUCAGAAAAUAUUUUAAUGUAUUCCUCUUCUUAUUUUAAUUAAACUUCAAAUUUUGCUUUACAUAGUCUUGGAAAAACACAAGUUGUGCUGUCAUUUACCUAAGACGCUUGCUCAGACCUUUGUACCCUGGAGUUUGGUUCCUGGGGAGUGAAGCUUCUUGUUCGUCAUAUACCAGCAGUGGCAUCCUGUGGAAUCUGACUCCAGCUAGCAGCUGGCAAGCUGUCAGUGAGUGGCAGAGUAUACUGUACUCUUCUUGAUGUGUGUUGUUUGCUGUCUGUAAAAAUUUGGCUUCCUCGCUGACCCACAAUGGUUAGUUUGAGUAGUAGCAAGGUACCAUUUCCCCCUCUCUCACCAUCUCUGAUCACAGGCCGUGUUUUUAGUAUUUCCUGGGAGUGUUGACUGCAUAAUGCACAAGCUGUCCAGACCCGGGUCCUUCUCUGCCAUGAUUUCCUUACUGCUUGCUGCAGUUCUUUCCUGGAGGCCACCACUGCCAGCAUAACCUUGUCCUCAGUAAACCAGCAUUGUAAAAACACACAGUUGCACAACAGAGAUAAGCUUCCAACAGGUAACAUCUUUACAUCAUGCCUCAUAGAAUGGUUUUCAGAGCAAGCCAGAGUGGCAGGUGGUUUACCUUGCAGUGUUCAGAGAGAACCUCACAGGUGAGGCCUUUCAUGAAUAACGUAUCCUGGCUUUUUCUUAGGAAGGGAAUACCUCCUUCUGAGGUUAUCAUCUGAGUGAGACAGUUCACAAAAUGUUAGUGACCAUUAUGUUUUUAUGAAGCAGCUACAUUUCUGGACAUCUGGGGAUAAUCAGUCUUCAUGAGAAACUACCCCUCCCGAUUGUAGCAGGAGAUCUGCACUGUCCUGGCUCUGCCUUGUUUACUGUGUAGUUCAUGGAGUUCCUCAGCUCAUGUUCUGUUCAAAUAUGUCUCAUUAAGAGUACAAGAGUAGAAAAGCUGGCUUUUAGGGAUUGGGGUUCCAAGCCAGAGGAUUUUCCUUCUGUCUGUAUUACUUAUCUAUUGCUGUGUAACAAAUUAUCUCCAAAUUUAAUAUCUUAAAAUAACAAACGAUAUCUGUCAGUUUCUGAAGGAUAGUUUGGAAGAUGAUUCUCGAAUGGGGUUUCAUGAAAUUUCAAGAUGAGGGCAGAGGCUACUGUCAUCUGGAGCUGGAGAAUCUACUUCCAAACUCCUUCGGUGUCUCUUGGCAGGGUGCCUCAGUUUCUCCCCGUGUAGUUCUCACCUCUGGUAACACGUGUCCUCACAUCAUGAUCAUUGGCUUCCCCUUGAGUGACUGACCCCCAAGGAGGCAGACAAGGAGAAAGUCACAGUGCCUUAAAACCACCAUACUCCCCAAAGAAGAUGAAAACAAGUCAAAAGGAUAGAUUCGAUGAUAAGCUAAAAGAAAUUGCUGUUAAAACCAAUUGCCCAAGAUGUGUAUCAUCAAACUGAGAUAGGAGACACUUUCCCCCUUUCCCCAAAGCUACCAGAGUCUGGAGAGACAAGAAACCAGUUUUCUGGAGAGCUAUAGUAGCUGUCCAUCUGCCUGAUUACCAGCAGCUCAGGGAUGUUUGCAAGGCACAGACUGGUUGUUUCCAGGACUCAUUUAUACUAUUAUUCUCCUUUGACCAGUAAUUGGCUGAGAAAGGGAACUGGGGCCUUCCAUCUGAGCCACUGGGGCAGUGUUAAUUGAAGGAGGACAAAGAGGACAUAGGAGUGAGGUUAUUGAGCUGUAUUGAGUACAGAAAGCAGUUCAGAUUUCAGGUGAAAUAGUUGGUAGCAUCAGGAAACCAGGUCCCCAUCUGAGUCAGUGUUGAGCACCUGCUCUCAGCUCCACCAGCUUACAGACUUGAUCAGGUUCUCCAGACUAGGGAACACCUCACGAUUAUAAAUGUCUGUCUGUUGAUUGCCUGUUAUGUUCAGGGUGCCGGGGAACUCUGCAUUCCCAACUUGCCCUGGGGUUCUUGAUGGAAGUGCUUUCUUAAAGAGAACCAAUCUGGUUUUCACCUCAGGAGAAAUUUAGAGGCUGCUUCUUAGCUCAACACAUUCUUAGUGGAUGCCUGCUAUUUCUGGCACUCAUUUCCACACAGUCUUGAUCGAUUUCAGGUAUCUUAAAGAUGGCAAUUCUUGUUUGAUUUUACCCUCUGCCCCCUCCUAGUAUUUUCUUCCCUGUAGCCACGCUUGCUUUAGCAUCCACUUGAAUACAAAACAUUGCUGCUGAGGCAGUCAGAAAGAGAGGUGCUCCUUCAGAACUAUAGCCCUCAUCGGUAAAGUGAACUUUGCUUUUCCUCCUGACUUGAGAUGGAGUUAAAAAUCAGUGGUCUGUUAUAUUAUUGCUGUUUUUAAUUGUCAUUGGGGUUAUUGGCUCUUUGGGUCGCUCAGACCUAGUUCCUUCCCAAUUCAGACGUGGAAGUCUAUGUGUCUUAUUAGAAUGCAGCAAGGCCCAUGGGUCAUACCAAUUCACACCACAGCCAGUGUACAGUGCCUGCUGUGAGUGGAGGCAGCUGGUAUAAGGGCUCAGCAUGUUGGCAGCAGUGUCCCAGGGGCACAGUCUCCCCCCUCCCCAUCUCUAGUACCAAGUGCUUGAAGCCAGGGCCAGAAGCCUUUUGCAUUCCCCUCUAGGGAGGAGGCCCUGCUGUCUAAUUCAGUACUGUCUCUUCUCAGUAUGUUUUCUGGACUACAUGCACAUGAGUAGCUAUUUAUUAACAUGCGAAACCCAAUCACUUACCCAUCCUUAAUAUCUGGGAGAGGGUAUAAUUUGUUGUAAAACUUUUGUGAGGGCAACUUCUAUCUGAACUUCGAGGAGGGUAUAGUCACCGAACAGUUGCUUUCCUCUCAGCUUUUGGUAAAGGAUGAAAUCAGAUUUUUUUUUUUUUUAAUAGAACUCAGGGCUUCAGGUUUGCUAAGCAGGUGCUGCACCACUGCACUAUAUCCCCAGACCUUGAAAUCAGAUCCGGAUGUAGGUCUGUCGCCAAUCCGCAGAAUGCUUGCUCUCCAGGUGCACUUUCUGUUCCAGGAAUGGUUUGCCAUGUUAGUGCAGAGUUUCUUUGAGGCUCGUUCGUAGCAGUUUCUAACUGAAGACUAAAAGGGUGAUUGAUAGAUACUCAUUUUUCCAAUUAACCAUUUCAGGACACCUUUCCCACCCUCUGGAAUUUAAACUCUUCUCUAGGCGGGCCCUAGAAGUUGAUACUUUUUUGGCAAAACUUAGGUUUUGAAGUCUUGAGUCAGCUUGUUAACCUCUGCCUGCAGCCCUGGCAGACUGUACCAGAUGUCAUGGAUGCCCAUUCGGAAGUGUACUGAGCUGAAAUGCUUGCCAGGGUAUUUAAAUGCUCACUGUGCCACAGGGCAGAGGUGAUGUGCUUGAUACUCACUUGGCCAUGUUGGUGUUUCUAAAGGGAGCUCCUGCCAGUGCUUAAAACCAAAAUUCUUGGACAUUUCAAACAAUUCCAUGAGUCCAGCACAGGAUAUCCAUUCUUGACACAGUGUACCCCUUUCCUCUCCAUCUUACUCUUUAAAGAGCAAAAACCCAAACCCAGCCCAAGGGGCACUGUCACUGGAAUGCAGGGGAGGGGGUGUUGGGGAGCCUCCUGCUCCCUCCUGGUGGCUGUAACGAGUCACAAGGCCCUGGGCAGUGCCUUCAGGUCACAUGCAGAUGAACCCAUCUCUGUCCACCUGGGGGAGGAGGCCCUUGAAGCCCCAGGGUACACCUUAAACAGGUGUCUUGAAGAGCCUGAGUACAUACAUGUGUCCAUUUUAAGCAUCUUUUUAAAAUACUUUAUAAGGCCGGGGAUUUAGCUCAGUGGUUUCGUCACCUGCAGCACAAGCGCAAGGACCCGAGGUUCGAUCCCCGGUACCAAAAAAAAAAAAAUUUUAUAAUAAAAAGCCCUCCCUUUCUAGUGCUACCAGUUCCAACCACGCUGAAUGGAAAAGUGGAGUCGGCCAGCACUUUGCUCGGUCUUGCCCUCGUCUCCCUGAUGUGCUGUCCCCUCACCCCUCAUCCAGUCCUGUGUGAUUCAUGACCAGUUUUUGUUUUUUGUCUUUUCAAACCAGCAGGUAUUUGGAAAUUAGAGAAAAGAUUAAAUUCUCACCAAUGGUUGCUGUUAUAGUUAAAUCAAUAAAGGAUUUGAGUAUCAA